CGCUAGGUGGCAGAAACGAUCAGAUUGUCAUUUAAAUUGCGCGAAGAAAAGCCAUUGGUUUGUUUACGCUUGUUGCAAUGGCGACCAUCACUGAACUGAAAUGUGCCGUCCGAGAAACCCUCGAAUCCCGCGGGGUGCUGGGCCAGCUGAAGGCUCGUAUCCGCGCAGAGGUGUUCGGCGCCCUGGAUGACCAGCGCGAACAGCGUCCGUCGUUGUCCCACGAAAACCUGCUCAUCAACGAGCUCAUACGAGAGUACCUGGAGUUCAACAAGUACCGGUACACUGCGUCGGUUCUGACAGCAGAGUCAGGCCAACCCCAAGUUCCCCUGGAUAGACACUUUUUGGCCAGCGAGCUGAGAGUCACAGAGGAUAUGAGCUCCAAGUCCGUGCCACUCCUGUACGGGUUGGUGUCCCACUUCCUGCAUAGUGGCGAUGACGAGAGGAAAGUGUUCCUAAGGGGUCCCGCUGUUGGCAACACAGGACAUAAAGCAGACAGCUAAAAGAUGUUCCUGUGUUGUAGGUGAAAAUCAUAAUUUAUUUAUCUAAUUUGUAUUCCGGCGGAUGAGUGGUUAGCGCACAGGCCUCACAGCUAGGAGACCCAAGUUCAAUUCCACCCACGGGCAUCUCUGUGUGGAGUUUGCAUGUUCUCUCCACGCAUGUGUGGGUUUUCUCCGGGUACUCCGGUUUCCUCCCACAUUCCAAAAACAUGUUAGGUUAAUUGGCAACUCCAAAUUGAAUGUGAGUGUGAAUGGUUGGUUGUCUAUAUGUGUCCUGUGAUUGGCUGGCGACCACCUCUCGCCCGAUGACAGGUGGGUUACCUGCUGAGAACCCCGACACUCUUGUGAAUGAAUAAUUUGUAUUCCAAAAUUUAGUAGUUUUUUUGUCUUUUCACUACUGCUAUGGUCAUGUUUUUUAGUUAGUUCUGUCAUUGAAAAUAAAUGUUUUCUAAAG